AUGGAAACUUUAUCUUUCACUGACACUGAUGCAACCACAACUCAACAAGAAAUAGAUAAAAAUGGUUAUGAAAUUGAUUAUUCAUCACCUACACCUCGAUUCUCAGUGAAUUCUGCCAUAUCACUUCAAGAAGGUCUCGAAUAUUUGAACGAGAAUGGAUAUGCUGUGUUUAGUGAUGUGUUGACUGAAGAAGAAGUGAAAACAAAUAAAAAUUUAUUCUGGGAUUUUCUUGAACAGGCAGCGCAUAAUCAGAUUGAUAGAGAUAAACACGAUACAUGGGAUAAUCAUUGGCCUGCCCGACCUUUGUCCGGUGUUAUAUCUCAACACGGAAUUGGACAAUCUAAAUUUUUAUGGAAUGUUCGUAAUAAUAGAAAUGUCAAAAAAAUCUUUUCAAAUAUCUGGCAAACAGAUGAAUUGCUCGUAUCAUUCGAUGGUGCAGGUUGUUUUCGUGAUUGGUCUUUUAAUCAGUCUUGGAAAACAGAGGGAGGAUGGAUUCAUGUUGAUCAACAUCCCGUUCGAAAGCCGAAUAAAUGCUGUAUUCAGGGUUUAGUAGCCAUUACCGAUAAUGAUGAAUUUACUGGUGGUCUAGUAGUCUAUCCAAAGUCACAAAAACGUUUCUUAGAACUGACAAAUUUGAUAACACCAACCCAUAGUGGCCGUGAUUUUGUUAAAAUUCCUCCAACUCAUCAAAUUUUGAGACAGUCAGAAUCUUCUGAGCUGAUCAAAUUCAAAUUAGUCAAAUGUAAAGCCGGUGAUUUAGUUGUAUGGGAUAGUCGUGUUAUCCACUGUAAUACACCAGCAAUUAAAUUAUCUUCUGAUAAGACCAAAAAAUGUGAUCUGUUGAGAGCUGUGGCUUAUGUUUCAAUGAGUCCGACAGCAUUUGUUAGCGAAGGUGACGAUUACAAGACACUGGAUAAAUUUAGAAAAUUGAGAAAAGAAGCUGUAAUGAAUAAUACUACGACCAGUCACUGGAGUCAAGAUUUAAUCAUUGCAAGUGAAGCUCCAAAUCUACCUAAAUUUUCGAUGAAAGAUUUAAAUUCAUAUCAACGUUCAUUGAUUAUUGGUACUAAUGUUGCAAAUGAUAAUGAUUAG